AUUAUAACCGAUCACAAUAAGUUGAGCCGUUUACGUCUCGGCUACGUUCCUACUAACAAAGUACCGGUUCUAAAAGUACUCGAGGUGGAUAAUGCAGAGGUCACGAGUAUUUCGACAAAAUGGUGA